AGAAAAGCUGCAAAAAGGGGAGGUUUUCUAUGAAUCAGCCGAUGGCUCGCCUCAACUACAACAAAACAAAAUGGCUUCACACUCUCCUACAUGAAAUGGGAGCUUCAGCUUUCAAAGAACAACUACUCUCUUGAUGGUGUUUUCUGGCCUUAAAUGUCUAACGCAGGCAAGAUGUCGCGAACCACAGGAGCCUCCACUAGCAAACAGAAUGGUGGGGCGACACUAUACCAGUGUGAUAUUUGUGGGAAGGAUUUCCCAUUCAAGGUUGUUCUUGACAUGCACAAGAAGGAUCACACCUUCAAAAACAUAUUCAAGUGUGAUAUAUGCGGUGUCUCGUAUCCCAAGAAAAGUCAGUUAGAUAUGCACUAUCGAAAACACACUGGUGAGAGGCCUUUUAAAUGUGACGAGUGUGACUCCUCUUUUAUGAAUAGCAGCAACCUACAACGUCACAAACGUAAGCAUGUUUGUAAGCGGAGGUAUGAUAGUGAUGAAUGGGAGGCUGCGUAUACUCUCAGUGAUAACCUGAGUGCUGAGAAACGGGCUAAAAAUUCCACAGAAGAAAAUAAUACUGAAAAGCCCUAUACCUGCACAGAGUGUAGUGAAACUUUUCCUAAAAUGAACACCCUAAUGGUUCAUAAAAGGAAGCAUUCUAGUGAGAGGCCAUAUGGCUGUGAAGAAUGUGGGGCCAUGUUUGCCGUUAGAGCAAGUCUCGAUUAUCAUAAACUGAAGCAUUCCGGUGGAGAGUCGUCAUACUGGCAAAAUGUAUGUGAUAUAUGUGGUGAGGCAUUUACGUCAAAAGAUGGACUUGUACAGCACCAGAGAAAACAUACAGGAGCCAGACCAUUCAAUUAUGACAGAUACUUUGCAGCCUUUUCCAGCUCAACUGAGGGAACAAUGAUGGAAGGAAACCAGCAGGUAUCUGGUCAACAGGUCACAGUGCACCAGGUCACAGAUCAACAGCAACAGCAGCUACCCACACAUCAUCAGCAACAGCAUCAAACACAAUCUCAGCAUCACCAUCAGCAAAUGCACCUCUCAAAUCAACAUUCAAACCAGUAUUCUCAACAAAUGCCUCCACAGCAGCAGUCAGAGGAGCAGAGACAAGGGCAGCACCCACCAUCGCCCAUGACACUGCAACUACACGAGUUACAACCUUCGCCACAGUUACACCAGAUGGGGAACCAGACAAGUUCUCAUAUCCACUUACCUGCAGGACUGGGAGGACAGCACGCCAACAAUCCUUUUACUGCACAGGUUGCGCAGGACCAUCAGGUUAUUCCAGGACCCAUGGGGCCUCAUGCACAACCAGUGCAGCAGAUGGGGAGGAUGGAAAAUGUACAGAAUAUCAGUAUCAAAGAAGAACCCCAUGAAUGACUGGUUAUUGAUCAGAGGCCUUUGAUGUCAGUCACAUAAGUUUUUUUUCCUUUUCUCUUUUUUCAUAAGCGUUUACUUUGGUCUCUCAUGUAUGGAACAAGUAAUCAUUCCCUUACAAAAUGUUUAAGCCAUCAUCCAGAUAAAACAUACCGGUAUGUAUUGAAUAUUAAGAUAGGAAUUUAUGAGAAAUGGCCAGUUGUGUGUAUAACCUCUGAGAUGAAGAAUAAGAACACCAAUGUGAAUAUGAAAUAUGUAAAUAAUCAGUACAUAGAUCGGUUAUUAAUGAUCAUGGGACAAUUUUGAAAGUAGUUCUGCUUUGAACAAAAAAUAAUUAAUUCUUUGAUAGUAAUGGAAUAACUAAAUAUUUUUUAAUCACUGUAUGUGCCAAGUGUUAGUUUUUUUAAGUUUCAGAUGUAAUGUUUUAGCAUCAGACAUUAUUCUCUCAUGAAGUAGUUGUUGUGUUCAGUUUAGUAAUUGCACCAAGAUGAUUGUAUGAUUAGCAUUUUAUACAGUUUGACUAAUAGUCACUUGCUCAUAUUAGUGCAUGAGCAUUUGUGUCUGUAGUAACAAUGCUGGUUAAAUCAGACUCAGACUCACAUUCCAGUUUAGCAGGUUUUCUGCUUUAAUUUUUUUUUUUUUUUUUUUUUCUGUUAAUUUUUUUCUCUGUUAACAAUCAGAUUCUGUUUUUAGGUAGAUAAACGUAAUUCUUUUAAAAGUACGACACUGUUAAACAUAAUGGGCAUUGUGAUAUUUAUAUUGACAUAAUAAUAGACUAAGUUUGUAUAGCGUUUAAUAGUAGCUUGAGUACAUAAGAGCGAAAUUAUGUUAUGGGUACAAGACCCCUUUGUACAGUCGUAGAGUGUAUGAUAGUAGGCUUACUAAGACAAUUAUCCAUUUCCUUUUCACUGUAGGUGUUGCUGUGUGUUGCUGUGUCCUUAACAAUCUAAGGAAGUAAUUAACCAAUCACUUUUAUGUUUUUUUGUUUUUUUUUCUAUGUAGUUCAUCACUAACUAGCUUAAGAAGUUAGACAUAACUAUGUUCUUUUCCUUUAAAGUGAUGAAAGGAAUUCAUGAUUAGUGUGAUAUGUUUAAAUUUUCCUCAGUUGUAUACCUGAGUACAAAGAUAAUUUUAUAUGCAUUUCAGUAGAUCUGAAUGAAGGCUUUGAAAGGCAUAAGUGUAAGUUAAAGAAAUAGAAAAAAAAAAAAUUAAUUUAGCCAUAGAAAUUUCUCCAUUUGUACAUGUUUAUGGUACUGAUAUCUUUCUUAUAGCCUUAAAUGUUGUACUUCCAUCAACUAUUUUGAAAUAAGAACAGUUUUGUGAUUUCUGGACAUUUUACCGGUGAGACUCAAUUUUUCUAAAUAAUCAAAGAGGUGUAAGAAUGACUUGUAUAUGCAUGUUGGUAAUGCCUUUAUUUAACAUUUGUGCAUUGUAAUUGCAUUUUAGUAACAAAAAUAUUGAUAUCUAAUGAUAAAGUAAACAAAGUGAGAGUGGCGUUCAUGAAAAACCUGCAGAAGAGGGGUUUGUGCUGUGAAUUGGUUUCCUUUGCUAAAUCCCAGGAGAAUUUAUAGAGAAUUUAUAUUGUAGUAACUAUAUAUAUAUAUAUAUGGGUGAGCCUACCCUUACAAGGCUAAUUGUGAUGGAGUAACCAUAGGUAUUGUACUUGUCAGAAUCACUAAGGGCUUCAAUGAAGACCUAAGUGAAGGCAUUUUUUGUGUCAUUUACUUUGUAGGAUGAGGAUUCAACUAGACUAAAGAGUAAAUAUCUGUAUAGGAAAUCUUGGAAAUAUGACAUCUGAAAACAGUUCACUAUAAUGUGCUUAUCCCAGUUAUAUAUAUAAAUGUAUAUUUGCAGUAUUUUAUUAAAAAGAGAUAGAUUAGGUGACAAAUAGCAGAUUUGCUUUUCAUUUAUUCACUUGCAAAACAGAUAUUGGCAAGAACAAUAUCAAAAAAUUGUGCAAUAGCUGUAUUUUGCUGUCUACUGUAUGUGAAAUAGAAUAAAUUUAUGGGUAUAUCUAUUGAUAUAUAUUGAACAGAGUUGUACAAGUAAAUUCAGGAAUUUAUUUCUUUAAUGAGGCCUGAACUAAAAUUAAAACAUUUCUCAGGUGAUCUGACUUAUUGGGCAUCAAGUCACCUGUAGCUAGGUAUAUGCAAAAAUCCUUAUCUUUAUAUAAAGGUACUGUCCAGAUUUUUUUCCCAAUUGUGUCUAAUUCAAGAAAUUUGUACUACUCGUCUGAUUUUCUGUAACCCUAUGUACCAGAAGAAAUAUCAGGAGAUGGUGCUUAGGAGAUGGGUGGCAUGAUUGUGAAAUAAAAGCUAUAAAUAGAGCUUAUUAAAAAGCUCCAAAUUAA